AUGUUACAGGAACUUGACAUUAGCCACAAUGGAUUGCAAGGGGUGCUUCCAAGAUCAUUAGCAAAUUGCACGAACCUAGAAAUUUUAAAUUUGGGUCCUAAUUUCAUAGAAGAUGCUUUUCCAUUUUGGUGGGAGAACCUACCCCAAUUGGAGGUUGCUGUCUUGCGAUAUAAUAAAUUCCAUGGUCCCAUAGAGCAACCAAGGAAGAGAUUAGCCUUCACCGAUUUACAUAUCAUUGACAUCUCUCACAAUGACUUUACAGGUACUUUGCCAUCAAAAUACUUUGAUAGCUGGGAUUCAAUGAUGAUGGUCAAUGAAGACAAAGCUCAGUCAAAAUAUAUAGCCAUAUAUGAUUAUUAUUCGGUGACCAUAAUGAAUAAAGGAUAUGAAAUGGAAUACGUUAAGAUCCUUACCAUCUUCAAAGUAGUUGAUUUUUCACAUAACAAGUUUCAUGGAAAGAUUCCCAUAUCUAUUGGAAGACUUACGGCCGUCAGUGUGCUAAAUUUUUCAGGAAAUGGCUUCACAGGCUUGUGUGGUUUUCCCUUGUCAAAGGAAUGUAAAACUCCCAUGGUAGCAGAAUCACCAUCUUUACCAUCCUCUUCAAGCCACAAUUAUAAAUGCAAACUUGAUGGUUUUGGAUGGGAAGCAAUGUCGAUGGGAUACGGAUGUGGAGCAGUAUUUGGUUUGGUGAUAAGAAGUUGCAUCAUUCGAAGGAAAGAAGAAUGGCUUGUGAGAAUUUUUAGAGUGAAAAUGCGUCAUCAAAAGAACAGAUCAAAUGUGGUUAGGCACCAAUAUGCACCAAGAUGA